GGCUUUUGCGCGCACGCACGCACGCAUCUGUCUCCGCGUCAGCUCUGUGCCGGAAGUGACGUGUGGACGCAGGCGGUGACGCUGCGGUGCUGUGUAUGCGGAAGUGAUGGACGUGUUUGUGUUUCUGCAGCAGCCUGACGCGUCGGAUGAAGCUGCAUGACGUCCCGUCAGGAUGCUGGAGUCGUAUGUUUCUCCGCUCUUGAUGAGUUAUGUCAACCGCUACAUAAAGAACCUGAAGCCGUCGGACCUGCAGCUGUCGUUAUGGGGCGGAGACGUGGUUCUGAGCAAACUGGACCUGCGGCUGGACGUGCUGGAGCAGGAGCUCAAGCUGCCCUUCAUGUUCCUGAGCGGACACAUCCACGAGCUGCGCAUCCACGUGCCCUGGACCAAACUGACCUCCGAGCCCGUGGUCAUCACCAUCAACACCAUGGAGUGCAUCCUCAAGCUCCGAGACGGAGCCACGGACGAUAAUGAAAGCUGUACGUCCAGUUCGACCAAUCGCAGCACCUCUGAGAGCUCGAAGGCCGCGUCUAAACCUCGACGGGUGCAGCAGGCCCCCAGCGACCCUGACCUGCCCCCAGGGUAUGUACAGAGUCUGAUUCGGCGAGUGGUGAAUAAUGUCAAUAUCGUGGUGAAUAAUCUGAUUCUGAAGUAUGUGGAAGAUGACAUUGUGCUGUCGGUCAACAUCACGUCUGCGGAGUGCUACACGGUGGACGACCUGUGGGACCGAGCGUUCAUGGACAUCAUCGCUCCUGAACUGGUCCUGAGGAAGGUUAUCAAUUUUUCCGACUGCACCGUGUGUUUGGAUAAACGUAACGCGAGUGGGAAGAUCGAGUUUUAUCAGGACCCGCUGCUCUACAAAUGUUCCUUCAGAACUCGUCUUCAUUUCACCUACGACAACAUCAACGCCAAAAUCCCUGCCGUCAUUAAAGUUCACACGAUGGUGGAGAGUCUGAAACUCUCUCUGACGGACCAGCAGCUGCCCAUGUUCAUCCGGCUGAUGGAGUUGGGUGUUGCACUGUAUUACGGCGAGAUGGGCGUCCAUCGAGACGUCGAGAGAGAAGAGAGCGGCUCGCUUCGAGAGAGCGUCCCCGGUCUGAUGGACGGAUCCGAAGCGUCUCUGACAGGUCAGUACUAUCAGGGCGAGGAUGAAGAUCAAGGCUGGAUGUCGUGGGCCUGGUCCUUCGUCCCAGCCAUCGUGAGUGCAGAGGAUGAGGAGGGUGAGAGCGAGUCGGGCUUCUACACAGAGUCACAGGAGGCUGGUGCUGCCCGGCCCCUGCACAAGUCCCCCAGAGACCCUGUAGUGUCCGUCGGCUUCUACUGCACUAAAGCCUCCGUCACCUUUAAGCUCACGGAGAGCUGCUCUGAGAGCAGUUACUACAGUCCGCAGAAGCUGAAGUCCCGGGAGGUUCUGAGUGUGGAGCAGGAGGGAAUCACGGUGGAGGCUCUGAUGAUGGGCGAGCCGUUCUUUGACUGUCAGGUGGGAGUCGUGGGUUGUCGUGCCGUGUGUCUGAAGGGCAUCAUGGGGAUUCGUGAUUUUGAAGAGAACAUGAACAGAAAAGAGGAGGAUGCCGUGUUCUUCCGCUGCGGCGACACGCUGAGCGUUAAGGGCAUGACGUACCUGACCAACUCGCUCUUCGACUACCGCAGCCCCGAGAACAACGGAGUCCGUGCAGAAUUCAUACUGGAUGGGAACCUUCACAGGGAGACGUACACGGAGCAUGUGGGGCUGCAGCGGUACGGCGCCUUCUACAUGGAUUAUCUGUACACAAUGGAGAACAGCAGCAGAGUUUGCGUGGGGCUGCAGGAUUUUCCUGCGCUGCGUAAAGACGAGCCGCCGCUGGUGCAGGAGACGUCGGUGAAGAGGAUUGUGGUCGGUCCGUUAGACGUGCAGCUCCACAGCAGUGCCGUCCACCGGAUCCUGAAGAUGGCCGCUUGCACGCUGGACCACGAGUACCAGCCCUACUGCAAACCACAGCCGGAUGUUGUGGAGGAGUGUGUGUCUGUGGUGCCGGAGCAGGUUUCAGCGCUGGAGGAGUUUAUUCCCACCCGUCAGACCAGCGUGAUGCUGAUGAGAGCGACGGUCACGGUCCCUGCCGCGGAAUACAACCUCCUGCACCUCAUCCUUCCUGCUCUACUGGGACACAAGGUCUCGACUGCGCAGACGUCUGUCCCGCAGUUCCAGCUCUUGCGUCCUCUGCCUGCGCUGCAGCUGCAGUUCGAGCGCGUCACGUUUGAGCAUUCUGUGCCCAUGUAUGAAGAGGAAGUGACACGUACAGCCAGCAGCCUGAACCAGCCGUCAGACACACUCCUGCACCACUGCUACACACACUGCUACCUGAAGGUCUUUGAGCUUCAGGCGGGUCUGACUGUAAUCGACUCAGAGGGGGCGUUACAGCCACUCAUUCCCAUCAUUCCUUCUUUCAGUACUGCUCUCUAUGGGAAGCAGCUCUGUUUGCCUGCAUACUGGUCGAGGAAGGCCUCUGUCCCCGUGAGAGAGUGUAUGUUCGAGCUGCCGCAGGUGUGUGUUCAGGCGACUCGAGCUCAGGUGCUGCUGCUGCAGAGCAUGUAUCGCAGCUGGACACACAGCGUGGGGGGCGGAGCCUGCAGCGGCAUCAGCGACAGCCUCGUUAGCCACGCCUACAAAACUCCAGGUGUGAAGCCGGUGUGUGUCGCUCCUGUGCUGGAGGUGUGUGUUCAGCGUGUGGAGCUGAAGGUGUGUGUGCGGCCGACGCUGCUGUGUGUCUCUGGAACUCUGGGAGCCGUGAAAAUGUGUGCCAGAACGCCGGGUGUGUGUGAAGGGCAGAAGGAUCAGCUGGUUCCUCUGGUUCAGGGUCCGUCUGACACCACAGAUCUUCACACGAGCCGCUGGCUGAGCGGGAGCCGUAAACCGGCGUCUCUCCUGUCUCCUGAUCUCCUGCAGAUCUCCCUUCAGCUCCCGCAGCAGGAGCGCACGCCCAACCCCGGUGCGGUGCUGUUGGUGAGCGUUCAGGGCGUCGCUGUCAAUGUGGAUCCGGUUCUGUCCUCCUGGCUGCUGUUCCACCCGCAGAGAGCCAGCGGCAACAGACAGACUCAACAGGUUUCCAUGGUGAUGAAGAAGAGGAGGGAGGAUGAAGCAUCUGUUGGCAGCACACCACUAACCAAACAACCUAGUAAUCAGGCGUCAGACUACACUAGCAGCCCUGUGAAGACCAAGACUGUGACAGAGUCGAGGCCUCUCUCAGUUCCAGUGAAGGUUUUUCCAUCAUCUGAAGAAUGUCACGUGAGUCCAGAGGAACGCAUGAAGAACCUGAUAACACACACCUGGAACGCCGUCAAACACCUCACACUACAGGUGGAGGUGCAGUCGUGCUGCGUGUUCGUCCCGUCCGACAGCCUCCCGUCGCCCAGCACGCUGGUGAGCGGCGACAUCCCCGGCACCGUCCGCAGCUGGUACCACAGUCAGGCGUGUAUGCCGGGGACGCUGGUGCUGUGUCUGCCGCAGAUCAGUGUGUUGAGCGCAGGACACCGACGCAUGGAGCCGCUGCAGGACGUGCCCUUCACCGUGCCCAGACCCGUGCUGGAGGAGGGUGAUGCGUUCCCCUGGACGGUGUGUGUGAGUCAGCUGAGCGUCUACUCUCUCCUGGGACAGCAGCGUUCGCUCAGUGUCCUCGAGCCGCUGGGCUGCACCUCCACGCUGGCGCUCACCGCCCCGAAACUACAGCCCGAGAGCAAAGACGCCUUCAUCAUGUGUCUGCAUGUGGACCUGCAGCCGGUGCACCUGAAGUGCUCCAACCCGCAGGUUCAGCUGGUGUUCGGUCUGUGGUGUCGAUGGAGUCAGAUCUUCAGCGCGUUUGACCGGAUGCAGAGCAGAGGAACACAGAGGCCGUCAGCAGGAUUCCCAGACUCCUCGGCGCCCCCCGCUGGACCCUCGUCACCCGUCCACAGCAGCGCAGGCACCGUCCCGCCGGACACCAGCACCUACAGCCCUUCAGCUGACCUGGGCUCUCCUACAGAGGGAGAUUCGGCGCACACCGAGGAGCCUGCGGCGUGUGAGACCAUGACGCUGGAGCAGAAGACCUGCAGCAUCAGCGGCGCCAGCGGAAAACUGAGCGUCUGGAUGCAGUGGAUGCUGCCGAAACUCACGCUGCAGCUCUUCUCCUGCGACAGCGCGUCCAGAAACAACGAGCUGUGUGUGAUGGCAGAGAUGGAGGACAUGAGCGCAUCUGUGGACGUUCAGGAUGUUUAUACAAAGGUGAAGUGUAAAGUGGGAAGCUUCCACAUAGAUCACUACAGAAGCAGUGCUGAAGAGAGCCCACCGCGUGCCGGUCCGUGUGGUGGGGUCGUCCUCUCUUGCACUGAAAAGCUGAACAGACGCACGGUUCUGCUGCGGCCGCUCAGCAAGCAGGAGCCUUACAGCCAUUUCAGCUUCUGUCCACCUACGGCGGUGAAGGCUCUGGAGGUCUCGCACCAGCAGCAUGGCUUCCUGUCGGUGACCUACACGCAGGCCGUGACCCGGAACGUCCGGCACAAGCUGACGGCGCGUCAGGAGCGCGUGCCGCCGUCCCAGAGGCUGUGCGAGGACGGGACGGACGGCUCGCCGCAGUACCUGCACGAGAUCCUGCUCACGGCGCAACCCUUCGACCUCGUGCUCUCCUGCCCCCUGCUGGUGACGGUGGCGCGCGUCUUCCACGUGUCCCCUCCGCCGAACCUGCGCCCCCCGAUCAGAGAGCGCGUGUCUGCUGGACAGCCGAUGAGAGGACGCUCGCUGUCGUCCAGCAGCCUGCCGCUCAUCUACGUCAACAGCAGCGUGAUCCGUGUGUUCUGCCCUCUGGAGGACGCGCACAGCAGCACACAUUCGCAGAUGAAGCACAGGAAAGAAGACACGGUUGUGUUGAAGAUCGGAUCUGUGAGCGUCGCUCCUCAGGCUGAUAAUCCACUGCCGCGCGCCGUACUGCGCAAAGACAUCUACCAGCGGGCGUUGAAUCUGGGCGUGCUGCGUGACCCGGGGUCAGAGGUCGAAGACCGUCAGUAUCAGAUUGACCUCCAGUGCAUCAACAUGGGCACGGCUCACUGGGACGACCUGCGGCCGGAGCGCGAGGGAUCGACGGCCGGCUCUCCUGCAGACGCUGAACGCAGUUCCCAGAAUCCCGCGCUGGAGUGGAACAUGGCCAGCAGUAUCCGCCGGCAGCAGGAGAAGCGAGUGAUCCUGUCGCCGAUCAUCACGGAUUUCUCAGUGCGGAUCACAGCAGCUCCAGCUGUAAUUUACCGGAAGCCUCUCUCACCGGAUCACGGCCCAGCGGAGGAAGUGGUGGUGUGUGGCCACAGUCUGGAGAUGAACGUCACGUCCAGUCUGGAUCUGUUUCUGAGCGUGACUCAGGUGCAGUUACUGCAGCAGCUCCUGCAGGCCAACGUGGGGCUGACGACCGACGACCAAACCACUGCAGACGUGUGUGGUCGUCCACCGCAGGCCGGCACAGUCUCGGGCUCCGUGGAGAGUUUGUGUGGCAGCAGCGCCCCCUGCGGGCAGGACAGUGGCUUCGGCAGCGACAGCGCCCGUCUGCGGAUCGUUCAGAUCGAGCGGCAGAGCGGCACAGGUCAGCACCGCCUCGCCCGGCCGUCGCAGCAGCCCACCAUCACCAAGAACCUCAGCUUCAUCCCCUUCGACGUGUUCCUCACUGCCGGCCGCAUCUCUCUCAUGACGUACGCAACCAUGCCCCUGGCCAACCCUCCCGCGCGCGACGUGCCAGAAGACGAGAUGACUCGCGGCAGCGCUCUGUCCUCGCUGACGGCCGACGAUCUUCUCAACGCUAACACCGCCGUCGUGUCGACGGGGAUCCUGGAGGGCAUUUCAGCGCCCGGCCGCACGUCUGCGCGACAGGCUCUGGGCGUGACGGUAGUGAGACAGCCGGGCCGCAGAGGAGACAAAGACUGCAGCCUGCAGCCGCUGCUGUUCCUGCAGGUGACGCAGCCGUCCAUCCUCGUCAACUGCCACCAUCGCAAACAGAGGCUGGAGCUGUCGCUGUUCGACCUCACGCUGAAGGGAGUCGCAACCGACUACAAGAGUUUCGACGCAGGGAAGUCUCUCCCCGAGGCGUUAGACUACAGCGUGUUUUGGCUGCAGACGGUCGCGGGAGAGGCCGACAGCCGGACAGGCAUCCCUCCUCCACUCCUGUCUGUGGUCGUCAGAGACUUCCUGAGUGGACCAGAGUUAAAGGUGGACAUCAGUCGGCCGCUGCGGGUCAGUCCCACACUGGCUAAAAUUGAGCAGGCCAAGGACUUCUGGAAGAGACUCUUUCCUGAGAGGGAGGGCGAAUCGCAGUCUAGAACACCCGCAGGCUCCGCCCACCACGGCAGUGACGCCCCGCCCACGGCCGACCAGCUGCUGCGCUCCCUGCAGACGCCCAUUCCUUUCCACAAGAUGGCGCUGCGCACGGUGCAGAUGGUGGUCAGCGUGGAGAUGGAGUCGCAUGCCGCGCGGCCCAGUCUGACUCUGUCUGUGUCGGCCAUGACAGGCGCGCUGGCGCUGAAGAACGCCAUCAAACCCGCAGACGGUUUUAAGGAGGUCUGUCUGUCAGUUCAGUGUGAGGACGUGUUGGUGCGAACGGGUCUGAAGGACAGGAGCUCCGUGUUUGUGGGUCCGUUUUCCUGCAGUGCGGAUCUGGAGGCUCAUUGGUGCAGACACAGCGGAAGCUCCACCCCCGACUCACCUGGACCCCCGAGAGUGUUGAUUGAUAUGAAGGGAGGACUGCUUCAGGUGUUUUGGGGGCAGCAGCAGUUUAACUGUUUAUCUGAGAUUCAAGAGCAGCUGCAGAACUACUGGAGUCAGAUGAGCAGUACGGAGGCGGAGUCUACCGAUAAGCCCCUCCUCUCUACGCCCCUGCCCACCCCUCGCCCUGCCCAAUCAGAACACUCCUCUGAUGACCUGCGCACAGGCCUCUUCCAGUACAUACAGGACUCAGCAUGUCAGAAGCUGCCGUCGCCUCAUGAGGUGGUGUUUUGGAGGGAGACGGAUGAGUCUUCAGGUGUAAUGCUGUGGCGUUACCCUGAACCACGUGUGAUCACGUUUCUCAGAAUCACACCUGUUCCCUUCAACACCACAGACGACCCGGAUAUCAGCACGGCCGACCUCGGAGACGUGCUGCAGGUGCCGUGCAGUCUGGAGUACUGGGACGAGCUGCAGCGAGCGUUUGUGCCGUAUAGAGAGUUCAGCCUAUCAGAGAGCAGCGUGUGUGAGCUGACCCUGCCCACUCUGACCCCCGAGACACACCAGACUGCCCUGGUGACCUCUGACCUCUGGAGGGUGGUGCUCAACAGCACCAGUGACGGUGGAGAGGAGAGUUCGGACAGUGAAUCAGGUUCUCAGGUGCCAUGUGAGCAGCUGGUGUGUCCUACUGCUCUGGCUGCAUGUACUCGAGUGGACUCAUGUUUUGCACCAUGGUUCGUGCCGUCAGUCGGCGUCUCCUUACGACUGGCCUUCCUGGAGCUGCACUUCUGCCACAACCUGGAUCAGCUGGGCACAGUGCCAUGCCAGAAGCUCCGCCCCUUCCUCCCAGACAGGAAGUUGCCUCAGGAUCAGGAGUUUGCGGUGGUGUGUGUGCGUGAGCCGUGCGUGUUUGUGCGUCAGUGGAGUGACGUGUCUCAGUGCUGUCACGAGCUCAGCUUCUCGUCCACGUUGAGCUGCCGUCUGCUGGAGUACCGUAACCUCACGCAGCUGCCCGUCAUUCAGCCCGUCGGCCUGCAGGGACACGCCACACACACGCGCACACACUCACGGCACACGCUGCACUGUGACGCCACACUAGACCUGCUUCGGGCCGCCGCCGGCCAGUACGCUGUACACACGCUGGACCGGGCGCUGCAGGCCUGGAGACAGAACGGUGUGAUGGACGCUGAGGAGGUGGUUUUCAGUCAUUACGUCAUCUGUAACGACACACAGGAAGUUCUGCGGUUUGGACAGGUGGACACAGAUGAGAACAUCCUGCUGCAGAGCAACCAGAGUCACCAGUACAGCUGGAGAACCCACAAAUCCCCACAGCUGCUGCACAUCUGCAUGGAGGGCUGGGGGAACUGGCGCUGGGCCGAACCCUUCAGCGUGGACGACGUGGGGACGCUGCUGCGAACCAUCCAACAUAAAGGACAGACGGCGUCUCUCAUCAUCAGAGUCAAACAGCUCACCGGAGUCCAGAAACAGGUGAUCAUCUGCGGCAGACAGGUGAUGUGCAGUUACCUCCAUCAGCCCAUCGAGCUGCGGCUCGUCCAGCACUACACGGCUCAGGACAGUCAGCCCGUGCUGCGUGAGCGCGUCGCCCGUCUGGAGCCGGACAGCAAACCGCCCUCGUUUGUGCUGGAGGACGUAGAGCUGACGGAGCUGUGUGUGCGCGCGUGCGGCGAUGACGCCUGGUCACAGGACGUCUGUCUGGAUCACAGUGACAAACACAACAGCUCUGUGGUGCAGGUGCCGUGUUCUAAUGGAUCGCUGCUACAUGUCUGGUGCACACGAAUCCUGCUGGAGCCAAACACACACAUGCAGCAGAGAGUGGUUGUGUUCAGUCCUCUCUUCAUGAUGUUGAGUCACCUGCCGGAUCCGGUUCUGGUUCAUGUGGAGAAGAGGAGUCUGGGUCACAGAGACACGCAGCUGAUUCACGGCCGCGGACACCAGGAGGCGCUGCUGAACGUGGAGGCAGAUUUGACACACCACCUCACCUUCCAGGCCAGGGAGGAAGAGGAUGCGUCUCACUGUGCAGUUCCUGUGUCCACUGCUGUUAUUAAACAGAUCCUGAGCAGAGCAGCACCAGAACAGAACCAGAACCAGCAGGAUGUUCUACAGCACUUCUAUGGCGAGAAGACGUCCAGCGAUCCGACCUGGCCCUACAGCAGCCGACAGACAGACAGGUGUGUGGUGGAAUCGGUGGCGCAGUGGGACAGUCCGAUGCAGGUGCGUCUGAGUGCGUGGCGCUCGGGUCUGAACACGCUGCUGGUGGAGCUGCUGCCGUGGGCUCUUCUGGUGAACCGCUCGCACUGGGACCUCUGGAUGUUUGAGGCCGAGAGUAUCGUAGUGCAGAUACCAGCCGGGAAAACCAUCGUACCGCCCAACUUUAAGGACGCCUUCCAAAUUGGCAUUUACUGGCCGCACACUAACACGGUGCACAAGUCUCCUGCCGUGCGAUUGGUCCACGAGGUGUCGUCACCGCGGUGGCCGGAGGGGGGCGGAGCAGACGUCCUGCUGCUGGAUGAGGAGGGAUACGUACACACGGACAUCACACUCGGAACACAGCCGGGAAAUCUCAAGCUCUGUCAGUUUUGUGUGUCGUCUUCAGUGAAAUACGGGAUUCAGGUUUUGCAGAUUGAGGAUAAAACUGUCCUGGUGAACAACACGACAAACACCAUCAAGUGUAGAGCUGUGAUCCAACAACACACAACAGCCACACCUGAGCAGCCCUGUCAUAUCCCUGAGUCGUCGCCUGGCUUCACUCUGGGUCCUGCGGGUGUGGCUGGAGAUCAGGUGUGCUGUGCGGUGCCAUGCUGGGACGUCCUGCGGGACGGUCAGACAGCAGAGGACGUGCAGCUGUCGGUGAAGCAGCUGCUGUUGAGCUGCGAGGGUGCGGCGGCGCUGCAGUGGAGUCCUGCGGCUCUUGUGCGAACAGAUUUCCCCAGACAGAGCGUUUCUGUGCCCGUGGAGCCGGACACCGACUGGCCCUUCAACACGAGGCCUCUGGUUCUGACCUGUCAGGAGCAUCUGGGCGUCACGUAUCUCACAGUGAGCGAAGAUCAAUGUCCACGGAUGCUGAUUCACAACCGCUGCCCCAAGAGCCUCUUACUGAAGGAGAACGUCAGGGAGUCUCUGAGGACGGAGGCGUUCUGCCGGACGGUUCCUGCUCACUCAUCUGUCCAUCAUGAGCUGUUUCAUCAGGCCUCCAGCUUCCCUGAGUGCCGACAGAAAGAGACGCUGCCCAGCCUGCAGCUGUGCAUCGUCACAGACACGCCCACCAGCCCCAUAGCCACACCCACCAACCCAGCAGCCACGCCCACCUCACCCGGCUGGACUGACGCCAUUGAUAUCAGCAGCCCUGGAACACAGGUUGUUUUUCUUCCUGGUUUUGGCUGUUUGUACAUUGAUGUUGUUCAGCAGAGCGGCUCCAUCACACUGACACUCGCACCAGAGAGCAGCGCUGCAGACGUCAUCUCACGCCACAGGCUGUCCAAUCAGAUGCUGUCAUUCAAGAUUCUGCUGAACGAGGCGAGCGUGGCGCUCUGUGAUGACAUCACCAGCCCGUCCGGUUCAGUGGAGCUGCUGCGUCUCACUGUCUCCAAACUGCUGCUCCAGCUGCCGCCCUGCGAACCCUCGACUGACGGCACCGACGCGCCGCCUGUCCACACCGUCCAGAUGCACUGCGGCGGCCUGCAGGUGGACAACCAGCUGUACGAGCGUGCCAGCUUCCACUUCCCCGUCAUCAUGUGUCAGGAGCCUCCGGGCGACCUCGCGCUGACCCCGCAGGACGCCUGCUUCCUGUCUCUGAGCAUCACCAUCUCUGACUCCGGACACCUAGACCGGCUCGCCUUCAGCAUCAGACCGGCGCGCGUCUACCUGGAGGACACCUUCAUCUACUACAUGAAGACACUCUUCCACACAUACAUCCCAGAAUGCACCCUGAGUGGGCGGGGCGUUGGCAGAGGGGCGGAGCCGGCGCUCCCGCAGGAGGUUCUGGAAUCCAUGCGCGCUCUGGUGAUGCCGCUGCGGCUUCAGAAGCUGUCGAUCGAGCCGGUUCAUCUGCUGGUCAGCAUCCACGCAUCUCUGAAGCUCUACAUCGCCUCCGAUCACACGCCGCUGUCCUUCUCGCUGUUCGAGCGCGGCCCCAUCUGCACCACGUCUCGACAGCUGGUUCACACGCUCGCCAUGCACUAUGCCGCCGGCGCCCUCUUCAGGGCAGGUUGGGUCGUCGGGUCUCUUGAGAUUCUCGGCAGUCCCGCCAGUCUCGUGCGGAGUAUCGGGAACGGCGUGUCAGAUUUCUUCCGGUUGCCGUACGAGGGUUUGACUCGCGGGCCGGGAGCUUUUAUCAGCGGCGUCUCUAGAGGAACAAACUCGUUCAUCAAACACAUUUCUAAAGGGACUCUGACGUCCAUCACGAAUCUGGCCACGAGUCUGGCGCGUAACAUGGACCGUCUGUCACUGGACGACGAGCAUUACAUGCGUCAGGAGGAGUGGAGGCGGCAGCUGCCGGAGACUCUGGGAGACGGACUGAGACAAGGCCUGUCCAGACUGGGCAUCAGCCUGCUGGGAGCGAUCGCAGGAAUCGUGGAUCAGCCCAUGCAGACGUUCACACGGACACUGGAUCUGCCGAACUCGGCGAGCAGCACCGCCCGCGGCGUCAUCUCAGGGGUGGGGAAAGGCAUCGUGGGAGUUUUCACCAAGCCAAUAGGAGGAGCAGCUGAGCUGGUGUCGCAGACGGGAUACGGUCUGCUGCACGGCGCGGGUCUCUGGCAGCUUCCCAAACAGCUGCACCCACCGACAGACUCCAGAUCAGCCGACGCCAACAACAGCCACGUCAAAUACGUCUGGAAGAUGCUGCAGUCUCUGGGCCGUCCCGAGCUGCACAUGGCUCUGGAGGUGCGUAUGGUGAGUGGAUCGGGUCAGGAACACGCGGGCUGUCUGCUGCUGAGCGGAGAGGUUCUGUUCGUGGUCAGUGUGUGUGAGGACGCGCAGCAGCAGGCCUUCCCCAUCACUGAGAUCCAGUGUGAACACGACACACACACGCCUGGACGCAUCACACUCACAUUGCAGCAGCACCGCGUGACCAGUGACGGCGAGGCCGACGGGUCUCGUGAGCGUCUCUCGGAGCUGCAGUACAGCCGGCUGGUGGAUUUCGUCACUGGAGCAUCUCAAUAUUUGUCUCCGUCUCUGUCGUCGCUCCAUCAGCAUCCGGCCAUCACUCCAGCGGAGCCACCACCCACCGUCUCCAAAACAUACCAGUAUCACGCAGACCCCGCCUUUGCACGCGUGUUCGUCUGCAAGUUCACCAUGGUGAAAAACAGAGCGCUGCGCAUCGGCUUCCACUGAUGCUCAUAUCUUCAGACUUUAUUAUUUAAAGAGUUUAAAACACUUUAUUGAGACUUCACUACAUCAGCCAGAGCUCGUCUCUAAUCCGCUGCUUUCUGUAUGAAUGUCAUGCUUUAAACCAAAAGAAGGCCUUUCAUUUUGUAUUUUUAUAAAUAAUGCAACAAAGAUGAUUUACUGUUUUUAUUGUAUUAUUUGCUCCUGUAUUCUGGUGUAAUGAAAAUAUAAGUGUUGCUUCACAAUGAAUCUACGUUUUGUAAUAAAAUAAGGUGUAUCAUCAGA